AUGAACGAAUCCACAUCACCGGAAGCUGUUGGCAAAUCCGGCUCAACCAAUCGCGCCUGUGAGAAUUGCUCAAGGGCAAAGGCGAAAUGCACACCUCAAGUUGACGGCAGUGACGGCAGAUGUUCAAGAUGUUUUCGCUUAAAAAAGGAUUGUACCACUGCCCCUCGACGAGCACGGAAGAGGAGGUCUCCCAAUCAUACCACAAAUGUUGCCCAGUUGGAGGAAAAAAUCGAGAGUCUUGUGUCUCUUCUCGGAGCUCACACGAACGUGUUGAAACCGGACCUUUUGCAGCCACUUACCAGAGAGACUUCAAGUCAAUCUGAAAGGACUCCUCAAGAUCAUACACUGGACUCCCAAUAUGAUCAAUCUCCAGUAAUACUUGGAGCGCGUCAAUUGUAUCGAGGAAAUGAUGCCUGGCUUUCACAGUCCAUGCCGAAUAGAAACCUAUAUCCAGCUUCUGCUACAUCCGAUUUGUCUGGACCAUCCUCCCUGGCUCAAUCUCAUCCGCUUCAAAUAGUUCCCGCACUGGCGCAACAAGUGCAGCAAUCGAUUCUUCCAGGCCCGGAGGCCGAUGAUAUUCUCGACACAUUCAGGGAACAGUUUGCUCCGCAAUUUCCAUUCAUCAUUGUACCUAACAAUGUAAAUUCAGAGAAUCUCCACAGACAAAGACCUUGGGUAUACCGAGCUGUUACGCUUAUUGGAAAUGAAACCGAUCGUACCGCACAGCUUGAAGCGUCGAAACGAAUAUCCCUGGACGUCAUGGAGGCUUUAACGGUACGGGGCGAGAAAAACCUCGAUAUGCUUCAAGGUUUAUUACUUCAUAAUGCGUGGAUUUACUAUUAUUCCCCUGUUACUCCACAGUUCCAAUCCACAGCAAUCUUCCAAAUCGCACAAGCUUUAGUAUUCGAUCUCGGACUCAAUAAGCCGGUACGCGAAACUGAAAUGACCGAGUUACUUCCAGAAGCUUACAAGCACCGCCCAGACACCAAUCCCAGAGAAUCGAAAAGAACGGUAGACGAGCGCCGGACAUAUCUUACCUGCUAUUUUUCUACCUCUGUUUUCUCUCUCCAUAUACGAAAGUCAGAACUUAUGCACCAUACACCAUAUCUCGACUAUUGCUGUAAAGUGCUCCAGGAAAACCCAGAAUACCCAUCAGAUGCUGUUCUUUCAGCUUUGGUCAGGUUACAGUGCAUUACAGAAUCUUUUCAGCGAAACCUUGUACAAACCUACGAGGGCCCCAUGGACGAGAAUAGAGCUCCAGCUUGGAUGUAUGUAGAAGGGAUGCGAUCUGAGCUGCGACAGUUCUGGGCUAGUCUAGAUCCAGAUCUUCGGUCUAACAACAUGCUCCUCAUGACUUUCCAUAGCGCCGAAGCCUUUUUAUCGGAACCUAGCGCUCAAAUUGGCUUAAUACCAUCAAGAGUCGGUGGCGGUAAUGCGCAGCGCUUAGACAUGUUAUACUCCUGUCUCAUGGCGUCGCAAGCAUUGUUGAACCACAUCCUCACUCAACCUCUGUCGUCUUUCCGAUACUUCUCCGUCAUACAACUCGCCUUUACAGGUGUCGGUUUGUCAACACUUUUCAAAUUAUCCAUGGCCGAAGAGCCGGGUUGGGAUCUUGCCGACGUGCGGAAAACUGUCAAUGUUACAGAUUUCUUCCAUCGUCUUAUCGAGAAAUUUGAACAGGCAGGUAUGAUAAUCGACAGCAGUCAGGUUACGCCGUCUAGCAGACAUUCUUUCCCUUCCGGCUGUGCAAAAGCUAUGAGACGAGUAUUGGCUGUCUAUGAGACUAGACUUGCUGCGGUCCCUGGCACGCAGAUCUCACUAGAGCCACAACUCACUACUGGAAUGGAGGGCAUAAUGAGUGGCGACCAGUUCGACUGGAUCGACGACGCUUACUGGCAAGAACUCCUGGGCGACAUCAACUUUUUACCGCAGUCGGGGGGAAUGUCCUGA